AUGUCGCACGGAGCCGGGCUCGUCCGCACCACGUGCAGCAGCGGCGGCGGACCGGGGGCCGGCGCGGGGCAGCCGGGCGCGAGGCCCUCGGAGGGGCUGCUGGACCCCAUCUACCCCCGCACGUACUCGGCCCUGCUGAAAGUGGCGCAGAUGGUCACGCUGCUGAUCGCCUUCAUCUGCGUCAGGAGUUCUGUGUGGAUCAGCUACAGUGCCUACAGCUACUUUGAAGUGGUCACCAUUUGCAACUUGAUAAUGAUCCUCGCCUUUUAUCUGGUGCACCUCUUCCGCCUCUACCGCUUGCUCACCUGCAUCAGCUGGCCACUGUCGGAACUUCUGCACUAUUUAAUCGCUACCCUGCUCCUCCUAAUCGCCUCCAUUGUGGCAGCCUCCAAGAGUUACAGCCAGAGCGGACUGGUAGCUGGAGCGAUCUUCGGUUUCGUGGCCACCUUCCUCUGCCUGGCGAGCAUCUGGAUGUCCUACAAGAUCUCGUGUGUGACCCAGUCAGCAGAUGCAGCUGUGUGAUGCCAGCCCAGGCCCGGCCCCGCGGGAGGCCCUGCGGACAGGAGGGGGAGUGAAGCUGCCUUAAGUCCUCUUAUAGAAACCAAGCCAUCUCCUAAUUUAUCUAGCUUGGAAAGCCUCUCUCUGGAGAGACUCUCUUCCUUAAGUGAGGCGUGUCUGCAGAAGCACUCUGUGGUCAGCCUGUCCCCAGAUAGGAGAUCCCGGCUCCUUUCGGGCCUCAGCCUUAAUUCCCAUUGUGUGUGCGUCUGUGUGUGUGU